AUGGAAGAUGAUCCCAGAGGGCAACCAAAGAGAAGGCGAACUCGGAGGAAGAAACCCAAGAUUCUAAAUCCCUACGUGGCAUGUGGAGAACAAACAGAAUUUGAGAAGCAUCAGAAUCUCGCACGAGAUAAAUCACAGUCUCAGCACACAGAUGGCCCUAGAAUAAGCAAAAAUAAAAAACGGAAAUUGAAAAAGAAACGACAAAAAGAAAGGAAGAAAGCAGCUGGCUUACUAACAAAAGCCGCCGGCGUGGAUUUUAUGUAUCAGCCCGAGGAGCGGGGCAGUGAAGAAGAUUUUGAAGACACUGAUGAAAUGGCAGAUGGUGUCCUCGACUUCUUGCAGGCAACACAAGAAAUUUAUUUCUCUGAUCGUAAAUCCACCUGUGCAGAUUGGUCCUUGUGUUCAGAAACUCUUCAGACGGUUUUAAGACAUCUCGAAUCUCACAGUAUGCCUUCCCCCGAUGUGACGCUUCUGCAUCAGAUGAAAUCUCUGGUACUCCUGCGCGAUACCGAAAGACUGACCGGCGCUCUGGACCAGUUUCAGGAACGCUGCCUGAUGCCCCCACAUGAAUCCAAAGUAAUCUCAACUCUCUUUCAUUACUGGAUGACUGAUAUCCUUCCUGUAAAAAACGGAAACUAAAGUUCGUGAAUCCGUCUAGGAAGAGUUCAGCUUUAAAGUGAAUACUGUUACCUUUUUCUUACGUUGCUGAAAUUUGUUCCCUUUUAAUGUAACUCAUUUAGUAAAUUAAAUUGUUUUUAAAGUCGUGCCAGUCGAGUGACUUGUAAUAUUGUUUAACUGUUUGUGUUUUUCUGAGGGAAAAUGAGUUCUGAUUCCAACAUGGUAUUUAUAAUUCAUUUUUUGAAUUCUGUAUUCAGAAUGUAUUUUUCUAUUAACAUGAGAAAUUUGAAAAAUGAGCACUUUUAAAUGGAAUGAAAUGUAUCAAUUUAAAGCUGUAUGUUAUAAAUUAAAACAAAUCAUCAAUGGAUUUGAUGAUUUGAUGUUUUCCA